AUGGGACGUUCUCUCUCUAGGUUAAUUAUAAUUGAGCUUGAAAGCCUUACACGUAGAGAGCGAGCAAAACGUGUGAGGAGUAUCUGGUACGUUGUACACAUACUAGAGAACCUGCCGUUAGAUGCAGCAGCACCGCUAUUGUAUGCGGAGGUGACGGUGUUCACCCCCAUGAAAGACCACAACCUACACAAACCAACGGGGAAGAAGAUCGGGGUGGUUGGGCUCAAGGGUCUGGGACACGUGGCGGUGAAGUUUGGGAAAGCCUUUGGUCACCACGUAACUGUCAUCAGCACCUCUCCGGCCAAAGAACAUUUGGGUGCCGACGACUUCCUCGUCAGCACUGAUCCUCAACAAUUGCAGAAGGGGAAGAGGGCACUCGACUUCAUAUUGAACACGGUGUCUGCUAAGCACUCGCUUGGGCCCAUCUUAGAACUGCUCAAAGUGAAUGGAACUAUGGUGGUUGUGGGUGCACCGGACCAGCCAUUUGAAUUGCCUUCAUUUCCUCUUAUAUUUGGCAAGUAUUAAAAAAAUACGAUGAAUUAAUUUCUAAUUUUUGUAGAAAACAACGAACCUAUGCAUGCAAUGGCGUUGUAAUUGAUGGAUUGACGUGCAUGUAGUACAGGGAAGAGAGCAGUGAAGGGGAGCAUGAUAGGAGGAAUAAAUGAGAUAAAGGAGAUGAUGGAUUUAUGUGGGAAGCAUAAGAUUACAUGCGACAUUAAGCUUACAAUGCCGGACAAAAUCAACGAGGCGUUGGACUGCGUUGCAAAGAAUGACUUUAGGUACCGAUUUGUCAUUGACAUUGCUGCUGACCCUAAUGCUAAUGCUCAAAUAUCUCCAAAUUUUAGAGCUUCCGAGUGCUGGGGUCUACUCAGACGAUUGCUUUCGAUUGUGCUCUUUCGUAUACUUAAUAAUUUGGGUUUUAUUAUCCUAGUCACUAAAGCAAUAAAAGUGUGUGCUGAAAUAAAUUUAUUUUAUAUAAGCCAAGUCAAUAAGUAUGUGUCAUGGAUAUGGGAUUUAAUCCAUAUUAAAGGUAAGUUUAUG